AUGACCAAGUUUUACCAGCAUAUCCUGGCCUUGGUGUUUGCUAUUAAAGAGAUCAACAAGAAUCCCAGAAUCCUCUCCAAUGUCACUCUCGGCUUCCAAAUCUAUGACAGUUACACUAAUGCAAGGAUGUCCUACCGAGUCACUCUAGAUGUCCUUUGCCAAUCAAAGACAUUCAUUCCUAAUUACAAAUGUGGCAACAAGCACCAUCUAAUAGGAGUCAUUGGGGGAUUUGAUUCCGAAAUCUCUUCGUACAUUGCAGACAUCUUAGAUCAUUACAAAAUUCCACAGCUUCAUUCUUUGAUUCAGAAGGUUUCAUUCAACAACAGUGCCGGAGACAAGAUUAUGUUUAAUGAAUAUGGGGCUUUUGCAGCUGGUUUUGAUUUUACCAACUUGGUCACUUUCCCAAAUAACUCCUACGUCCGAGUCAAAGUGGGAAGGCUGGAUCCGCAGGCGUUCUCCAUCGAUGUGGAAAACAUCCAGUGGCAUCAAGGUUUCACCCAGGCGCCACCAUCUUCUCUGUGCAAUGACAAAUGUCGUCCUGGUUCCAGCAAGAAAAAGAAGGAAGGGCAGAAAUUCUGUUGCUAUGAGUGUGCUUUGUGUCCAGAAGGGAAAGUUGCGAUCCAGACAGACAUGGAUUUCUGCACCACCUGCCCGGAUGAUCAAUAUCCAAACCAGAACAAAACUCAAUGCAUUCCAAACACUCUAAACUUCUUGUCUUGGGAAGAAACCCUGGGUAUCGUUUUAGCUUCUCUGGCUCUUUUCCUCGCUCUGAUCACAGUUAUGGUGCUUGAAGUCUUCAUUAAGAAACGGGACACUCCCAUCGUCAAGGCCAACAACCGAAGCCUCAGCUACCUUCUUCUUAUUUCGCUCCUCCUUUGCUUUCUCUGCUCCCUGCUAUUCAUUGGCUGGCCCCAAAAGGCGACCUGCGUCCUGAGACAAACAUCGUUUGGCAUUGUUUUCGCCCUUGCCAUUUCUUCCAUUUUAGCCAAAACCAUUGUUGUGGUUGUGGCUUUCAUAGCUUCCAAGCCAGGAAACAUUUUUCACCAAUGGGUGGGGAAACAGUUGGCCCAUUAUAUUGUCUGGGGCUGCUCUCUUGUGCAGGUAUCCCUUUGCUCUAUUUCGUUGGCUAUGUCUCCCCCUUACCCAGAUUACAACAAAUACUUGAUCCCCAAAGAAAUUGUAGUGGAUUGUAAUGAAGGGUCAGUCACCAUGUUUGUCUUGGGCUACCUAGGCUUUCUCUCCAUCAUCAGCUGCAUCGUGGCUUUCCUAGCUAGGAAAUUACCAGAUGGUUUCAAUGAAACCAAGUUCAUCACCUUCAGCAUGUUGGUCUUUUGCAGUGUUUGGCUAUCAUUUGUCCCAGCCUAUCUGAGCACCAAGGGGAAAUACAUGGUGGCUGUGGAGAUCUUCUCCAUCUUAGCCUCUAGUACUGGUUUACUGGGUUGCAUCUUUUCCCCCAAAUGCUAUAUUAUACUGCUGAAGCCUGAGUUGAACAGCAGAGAACAUCUAGUAAGGAGGAAGCGUUCCGAUGACUGA